AUGUUUCCAUUCACUGAUACAGAGCAGAAGGAGAGAUUGGCCAUUGAGAGACGACGAAUGGCUGAGGAGGAGCGGAAAAAGAGAAUAUUUGAUCCAAAGGCAAGAACGAUGGGAAUCGAUGUUUCGGGAAUACAAUCUCAAAUUGAGGAGAAGGAGCAAGUAAAGAAGAGAGAACAAGAGAGAGACUUGUUCUUCGAUAAGGUUGCUCUCACCAAUGUCAAAGUAGCCAAUAUUAUUGAGAAACAGCAUAAGGACGCAAAAAAGCAAUACCUAAAGGACAUCAAUGAAUACAGACAAGCGGAACAGAAAGUUGAAACAAGAAGAGAGUUUGAUUUGAAUGAUCCCGACUAUUUGAAGAAGAGUAAACCAGCCCGAAUUGGUGACAAUGAUCCAACAUUAAGCAUUUCUGGUGGUCAAAUCAUGCAUGGAGAAGAUCUUGGUAUUAAAGAAAGAGUAAAAGCUCAGCAGCAACAAUUAAGAACUUGGGUUUCGGAGCAAGUUGCCGAAAAAGAAUUGAUCAAGGAAAAGGAAGAAUUGGAAAAGAAGCUCUUUGAGCAAAAAGAAAUGGAAGUACAGUUGUUGGCAUACGAGUUGAGACAAAAAGAGCAACAAAUCAAGCAAGAAAAGGAAAAGCUAAGGAAGGAAUUCAACAUUGAGCAAUGGAACGAAAAAGAGGAGCGUGAGAGGCUUAUACGAGAAAAGGAAGAGCUUGACAAGCUGGAGGAGAUACAAAACCAACUAAAUAACCAUGUUUUGAAUGAGAGCUUCCAUACAACCUUGCAUGCCAGUGACCCUUCCAGAUUUAGACCUGAUCACUUUAAGCAUUUGCGAGAGGAUCAAUAUGAGCAAAUUGAAAAAACAAGACAAGCUCAGUUACAGGAAAUUCGAGAAAAACGGGAUGUAGAAAGUCUAACUCAACACUAUUGGGAUAAAAAACGAAUCUUAGAGGCUAAAAUGGCAGUACUUGCUCAACGAGAACAGGAACGAGCAAAGAAGCAACAAGCAGCAGAGUUAUUGGAAUGUCACAAAAGACAAGCAGAGGAGAAGCGAAUGAAAGAAAAGGCAAUCAAUCAGGUAUAUGCUAACCAAGUAACGGAGGACUUUUUUGAUCGUUUCAAUCAAAGUAGUCGCUAA